UUGUCAGUCUCGGCAGCUCGGCACAAGGGCAGGACCGCAUCCCGAGCCGCCUGCUCUGCUAGCUCUAGAAUCAGACGUAACCAUUUCUUAUUUGGUUCAUACACCAAAGAGAGUAUCUCGGACCAUUGCUAUCGAGGUUACUCCACAGUCUGAGCUGGAAAUCUGAGUCUGAAACGGGAGGCAAGAUAUCUCGUUUCUUCCGCCACCACGGAGAAAGUGACGGACGGAGCAGAGCCUGAGCACCGGGAUUUUAUAUCGCUUCAGUUUAGGAUAUUUCAGCCAGCUCCAGUGGCCCAGCCUUGAUUUCUUUCAGGGCACCUGCUAUUCCAUAGAGAAUAUUACUAGCAGUCGCUUGAAUAUGUUGAACUAAGGUUGUAUAUCGAACAGGCGGACCACUUUAAACCCAUGCGUAACAGCGGUGGAUUUGGGAAUACUGCGUAGCCGUUCAACCAGCCAGUCUUCAGAUCAUCUAAUCUGUUAUCUGGAGGUAUCUACAAGCGCAAAGAAGAGCAACCAGGACCUUUUACUUUGUUCCGGAGGCUAAACGUUGAAAACCCGAAGCGCUCUCGGUGCGCAAUCCUUCCGAGGACGCUCCUGAAAUUGCCGACCUGCGCUUUUGCCCUCGACAUAAAUUGGCAGCCGAGUCGAGAAAAAGGGCAAAGCUUAUUAACUUUGCAUGCUGGAGGCUAGAGUGUGGAAUCUAAUUCACGGGGUUACCGGUGUAUUUGCAUAACAUCGGAAGAGGAGGAUAAACUUAAUCAACAUUUGACAUCGACAAAGCGGCUGCUGGAUUUUGGAGAACAGAAUGAAUCCUUUUUAAUUUGGACAUCAGAAGUAUGAGGCAGAUUGCUCAGUGAAUGCUACAAUCUGCAUGGAGUUCUAGUCUGCACUACGGAGCAAUUUAUGGUUGGCCGCAGAACUCCCCACGGCUGUAGAACUGUGCCCACCUCGCCAUGCUGGCCUGUCUGCAGAGGAGGCAAAACCCUCCACCCCAGCACCCGGUGUGUGCCAGCAAAACCCUGGAGCCCCCGCAAGCCCUUGGACGGAAAUGUGAGCUGGCGGUACCCACACAUUCCCCACGCUACCCCACUGCGGCAGAACUUGAUGCCUUCGCUCAGAAGACGGCCAACAGCCCUCUGUCUAUCAAGAUCUUCCCCACCAACAUCAGGGUUCCUCAGCACAAACACCUUAAUCGGACUGUGAAUGGAUAUGACACCACAGGGACACGCUAUGGUCCCUUUAUCUGCUCCGGGGGGCUGCUCGCCGUCCUCAAGGCCUCUUCAUCGUCAUCGUCAUCAACAGGCACCUUCUUUCCUGCAAAAGGUGUUCUGAAGAACUCCGAAGGCAGACGGACUAAGCUCUCUCCAGCCCACAUAGCAGUUGCCCCAUACCCGCCCCCUAGUAGUAGCACUUUAGCCAGUGGCCACGGCCAAAUGGUAUACCACACGGGCCCCUCGAAGCCUCCUGAAGGCCCCGUGCUGUCGGUUCCCCCAAAUGUCACUGUAGCUGGCUCAGUGAUUCCUGUAACAGGGGGCCGAGGCCUGCCCCUGCCCGCACAGUCCAACCUCCCCUCCAUCCAGAGCAUCAUCUACCAGAUUAACCAGCAUUGCCAGGCCCAGGCUCUGCAGCAGGUGUGCCAGGGGGCCGCCACCGUACCGUCUAACUCUAGCCCCUCCAAGCACGGCACAACUGUCAUGGGGGUCUCUUCAAGCUCCUCAGGUGGAAGCUACGUGGUGGGAAUGGGUCCCCAGUCUAACAUGCUGUACACAGGGCCCGGGCUGCCUGCUCAGAAUGCAGAGGCGAUGAAGACGGGCAUGUACGCAGAUGGUAUGGACUACAUCCUCUGGCAGAAGCAUCAGCAACAGCAACAACAACAACAACAGCAACAACAACAACAACAACAACAACAUCAACAUCAUCAGCAUCAACAGGCUGUGCUCCGUAUGUACAGCGGAGGGAGCGGUGGAGGGGGCGCCAUCAGCAAGUCCCCCGAAACUUGUGUUCCAGGGGGAGGGAUUAUGGGGCCGCAAAUGUCCUCCUCUUCCUCCAGACCUUACCACCUGACAGCCAGCGGCGGAGGCGGGAUGGACAAAGUUAGCUCCUCCCCUUUGAACUGCGUGGGUAUGCAUGGAAAUUUCUCAGUGGGUCAAUACUUUGCUCCGCCGUGGAACAGUGUGCUGGUGACACCUGACAGUGACUGCUAUAACCCCCAGGAGCUUUUGGCUAACUCUGCAGGAGGGCCGGUCACAGGGCAUAGAGAGAUGGGCUACCCCCACCACCAUCACCACUACCAUCAUCCUCACCACCCUGCGAUAGACAGCGGGGGAGGUAUGUGCUGCAGCCUGCCCAGCAAGAGUAUGUGCAACACAUCGGUGCUGAGCAGCAGCUUGCAGUCUCUGGAGUACCUGAUCAACGACAUCCACCCACCCUGCAUCAAGGAGCAGAUGCUUGGCAAAGGCUAUGAGACUGUGUCAGUGCCACGUCUGUUAGACCACCAGCAUGCACACAUCCGCCUCCCUGUUUACAGAUAGAGGGGCACGACGAAGAGGAGGAAGAGAAUCAAGAAUUGUGAAUUUGUGAAGAAAAUCAAAGUUAAAGAACCAAUAUGUUUUGUUUUCUGGGUACAGAUUAAUAAGAGUGGCACUGCUUUAACUCGUGUGGGAGCUUAGAGAAGAGCAGUGGUUGUGCUGUGUGACCAUUUGGUUUGGUGGUUUACAGGCAGGCUGUGGGAGUCUCAAAUAUGAAAGUUGGUGGUGAUUUGGGAGAGAAAAAGGGAUUUCAAGAUUCUCCAGAUGUUCCAUUGUGUGGUUUGCCAAUAGGAAUUUUGGGUUGAUUUAUUAUAUUAUUUUUUCUUCAGUUUUUUUAUGUUGUUUUACUUGCCUGAACUUUUUGAUGAGAAUCAUAGCUUGACAUGAAGUGCUUACGGCACUUGUAUCCCCCUUCCAAAUACUAAGGAUGAAGCUACUGUGUAGGUUGUCACUGAAAGGGUCUUAAGGACCAACGUUUAGGGCUGCUUUCAAAAUCCAAAACUCUGUAACGGUACACACAGAUACACACAUACAGAAACACAAUGUACUGAUAAGUGAGGGGUCUCAAAUUAUACUCGGGUGUGUAUGUAAAAGGAUCAUAAGGUUGAAUUAAAAGGAUAGUACAAUAUUAGUUAUUAUUGCUGUUAUAAUUGAUUCAUAAAUUGCACUGCUUGAAUCUUAUUGACUUUGAAGUUUGAAAUUCGGUAGUUUGGUUAUGAUAUAUUUAAGAAACUUGAAAACUUGAACCUAUUUUUUGUUGUUUUAUAUAUUUGUAGGUAUAUUAUAUGCAUUGGCUGCUAUGGGGAAAGUGUCUCAAAUGCUUUUUUUCUUCUUUUUUUUUCCACUUUUGAUUUUAUGAUAAAUCCUCCACAAGCUGAUGUGCAGUCUCUUAUGUCCUGGUGUAAGGCAAAGUCGCUGCUUUGGUUCUUUAAGGACCUGGUCGAACCUGGAGAGCUCUUUUUCCUAACCAACACUGGAAUCUACAAAAAAUCUUGAAACAUUUAUUUAAAAAAGAAAAUGUCGCAAAAAACAUGAAAAAGAAAUGUUACCAUGAAGAAUGUGAUUGGGAGGUUAUUGACAUAACCUUAUGUGUAUGUUUAUGCGUGUAUGUUGCUGAGUGCAUGCGCGUGUGUGCAUUUUAGUUUGUGUUCUUCAAAAUCCUCAGACUUUGUUUCUUUUUUUUGUGUUAUUAUAAGAUUUCUACCACCAAGACUGAAAAACUGAUUCCCAUAAACAUCAUAUCUGAGUAAUGUACAGGAAAUAUUUAGCAGAUCUCGCUGUCUUUUAUCGGAGGCUUUAGGUAUUCUCUGGAGUUAGAGGUAGAGAUCAAGUUCUCACAUGACUCCUAAUAGGAGUAGCAAAUACAAAAUGGAAACAAUCAUGCUCUCUGGCAUCACGGGAAAUGAGAAGAGGCUCACUGCUUCCCCUUGUCCUUUUUAGACCCUGGUUGCGAUACAUUUAGCCAGGGCCAGUCUUAACUUGAUGAUUCAGAGCAGUGAAAUAUUUAUUAUGACUGUGAGAUUCCCUUGAAUGUACUGCACUUAAAUUACUGCGAUGUUUUAUUGCCUUGUGGGACUCAAGCGAAAGAGAAAAAUUGGAUCAGUGCAGCAGUCCUCUGGUCUUAAAUUAGCAUUUCUUUUGUCCAUCAAAUUUCAAUGGUAAAUUGAAUUUAGUAACUGGAGAGAGGGAGCCGGAGCUUUGUUGUGAGGAAAAUACUGGCAUCAGUCUAGAUUUAUGAAGUGCAAUUAUUAUGACUGUAUUAACAUUUUUCUCUGAGCUUACACCAAAAAAUGUAAACUACAGUUGUCAAUACAUUCCCAAUGUACCACAUCCCUAAUCCCUAUCCUUUUUUCUGUUUUGAGGUGUAAAAUAAAUUUCUUUAAGAAUA